CUGAGGGGCGGCCAAGAGCAGCAUGGAGGCCAAGGCGGCGUCCACGCGGUCCACAGACGGCGCGUGCUUGGUAUCCGCGGAAGAAAUCGAAAAGUGGAUGGAGGCGGCGAUGCACAUGGUGAGGAGCCGGAGGUGGAUGCCUCGGGCGGGAAGUUUCUCCGGCCUUCACCCAGACCCGGGCUUGAGAGCAAACGUCUCGGUCGCGCUUUCUCGUCACCAUAAUCUUGAUGGCGUUCACAUUUUCUGGGGGAACAACCGGCUUUACUGUCAUGAAGGCCAAAGAAGCCCUUGAGAAUACCGAAGUUCCUGUUGGCUGCCUUAUGGUCUACAACAAUGAAGUUGUGGGGAAAGGAAGAAAUGAAGUUAACCAAACCAAAAAUGCUACUCGACAUGCAGAAAUGGUGGCCAUCGAUCAAGUCCUAGAUUGGUGUCGUCAACGUGGCAGAAGUCCCCCUGACGUGUUUGAACACACCGUGCUGUACGUCACUGUGGAGCCAUGUAUCAUGUGCGCAGCUGCUCUCCGCCUGAUGAAAAUCCCGCUGGUGGUAUAUGGCUGUCAGAAUGAACGAUUUGGUGGCUGUGGUUCUGUUCUAAACAUUGCUUCUGCCGACCUACCAAAUACUGGGAGACUGUUUCAGUGCAUUCCUGGAUAUCGGGCUGAGGAAGCAGUGGAAAUGUUAAAGACCUUCUACAAACAGGAAAAUCCAAAUGCACCAAAAUCAAAAGUUCGGAAAAAGGAAUGCCAGAAAUCUUGAACUUGUUCCGAUAAAAGACUAAUGUGUCAAAGUGACCUGGACACAAUUCUUGGACUGAAAGCUGUUGACAUCAUUGAUUUGUGUAUUUAUAUAUUGUUAUUAACCCAUGGGAAAGUGGUGUCUCUCAUCAUUUGUUCUGGAAAGGGAACAAAUUACCACCUUAAAAAAGUCUGACAAUUGUAAACAGCUAUUAGCUUUUCCACAAGUUAAAAGAACAUUUUAAGAAGGGGAAGAAUUAAGGUUUGAGGUUUUAGAAAUUAGCAAGCACUGCAUGCCCUCCAGCCACAGCGUUAUGCCCUGUCUGGGCAAGUGCUGAUUUUUCAGAGAACGUGAACCAGACCCAGGUACUUGGUGUAUGUCUGGACCGCAGUGUGCCGCCUGUGGACGUGUCUUCCAGGACUGGCAUUUCAGACUCUGGUUUUUGCAGCUACUGUG